UUGCUGUGCUGCCCAGGCUGGAGUGCUGUGCGGUUCUUGACCACAGCUCAUUGCAGCCUCGACCUUCCACGCUCAAGCGAUCCUCCCACUUCAGCCUCCUGGGACUACAGGCAUGUGCCACCACGCCUCGCUAAUUUUUGUAUUUUUCAUACAGACAGGGUCUCACUAUGUUGCUCAGGGUAGUCUCGAAUUCUGGGACUCAAAUGAUCCUCCCACUUCAGCCUCCUAAAGUGCUGGGAUUACAGGCAUAAGCCAUCAUGCCCGGCCCCUGACGCUGUUUCAUUCAACCCCCAGGAUUUCAGAUUCCACCAGCUUAUGGAGAAGGGAACCAAGUUUGAGAUGCGUGAUUGCCCAGAAAGUUGGAGGCUGAGCUGAUACUUGAACCCAGAGACCAGAACCUCCAGAGGUCAAAGUCCUCCUGGGUCCCCCAGAGAAGGGCCCUGAGAUGACAGCUCGUUGGUCCUCAUGGUAGCGUGACCCCCCCCAGUAGACUUUCUCCCACACCCAACCUUGGUUUCCUCAUCUAUAUGAGGGACAAGCCAGACUCUACCUCCCUGGUGGUCAUGGUCUCCGCUUAUUCAGGUUCAUAACCUUAAAGGCCCCUUGCACCACCUCAGUGAGCCAUUUAUGCCUGGCACAGGGCCAACUCUCAGUGCAUAUCUGCAAAGGAACCAAUGAAUGAAUGAAUGAAGUGAUAAAUGAAUAAAGGAGUAAAUGAAUGAGGCACUUAUCAUGUACCAGGCUUUUGUUACCACGUCCCAUUUAUUCCUCUGAGGCAGGGUCUAUUUUAUCCUUGUUACAGAUGGGGAAACUAAGGCCCAGGGAGAAGCAAAGUCUUCCCCAAGUAUGUACCCACUGAGGACUUGAGCUCUGAAUGUCUCCCACCCAGCUUAGCCCAAGAGCGGGGUUCAGUGAUGCCCACCCCCUAAGGCUCUAGAGAAAGGGGGUAGGCCCACAUGCCAGUUUGGGGGUGGUAAAGCCAGGUAAGUUUUCUUUAUGGGUCCCCUGAAACCCUGAAAGUGAACCCCAGUCCUGCAUGAAAGUGAGCUCCCCAUAGCUCAAGGUAUUCAAGCACAAUAUGGCUUUGAGUGCUGAAGCAGGCUGUGCAGGCUUGGAUAGUGACAUGCCCUCUCUGAGCCUCAAUUUCCCCACCUGUCAACAGCAGACAGUGACAGCUGUGAUCAGGGGAUCACAGUGCAUGGGGAUGGGUGGGUGCAUGGGGAUGGAGGGGCAUUUGGGAGCCCUCCCUGAUACCACCCCCUGCAGCCACCCAGGUAGCCUGUCCUGGCCUGUCUGUCCCAGUCCAGGGCUGAAAGGGUGCGGGUCCUGCCCGCCCCUAGGUCUGGAGGCGGAGUCGCGGUGACCUGGGAGCCCAAUAAAUCUGCAACCCACAAUCACGAGCUGCUCCCGUAAGCCCCAAGGCGACCUCCAGCUGUCAGCGCUGAGCACAGCACCCAGGGAGAGGGACAGACAGCCGGCUGCAUGGGACAGCAGAACCCAGAGUGAGAGGCGAGGUGGCAGGACAGACAGACAGCAGGGGCAGACGCAGAGACAGAGAGCGGGGACAGGGAGGCCGACACGGACAUCGACAGCCCAUAGAUUCCUAACCCAGGGAGCCCCGGCCCCUCUCGCCGCUUCCCACCCGACGGAGCGGGGACAGGCUGCCGAGCAUCCUCCCACCCGCCCUCCCCGUCCUGCCUCCUUGGCCCCUGCCAGCUUCCCCCGCUUGAGCACGCAGGGCGUCCGAGGACGCGCUGGGCCUCCGCACCCGCCCUCAUGGAGGCCGUGGAGACCGGGGAACGGCCCACCUUCGGAGCCUGGGACUACGGGGUCUUUGCCCUCAUGCUCCUGGUGUCCACUGGCAUCGGGCUGUGGGUCGGGCUGGCUCGGGGCGGGCAGCGCAGCGCUGAGGACUUCUUCACCGGGGGCCGGCGCCUGGCGGCCCUGCCCGUGGGCCUGUCGCUGUCUGCCAGCUUCAUGUCGGCCGUGCAGGUGCUGGGCGUGCCGUCGGAGGCCUAUCGCUAUGGCCUCAAGUUCCUCUGGAUGUGCCUGGGCCAGCUUCUGAACUCGGUCCUCACCGUCCUGCUCUUCAUGCCCGUCUUCUACCGCCUGGGCCUCACCAGCACCUACGAGUACCUGGAGAUGCGCUUCAGCCGCGCAGUGCGGCUCUGCGGGACUUUGCAGUACAUUGUAGCCACGAUGCUGUACACCGGCAUCGUAAUCUACGCACCGGCCCUCAUCCUGAACCAAGUGACCGGGCUGGACAUCUGGGCGUCGCUCCUGUCCACCGGAAUUAUCUGCACCUUCUACACGGCUGUGGGCGGCAUGAAGGCUGUGGUCUGGACUGAUGUGUUCCAGGUCGUGGUGAUGCUAAGUGGCUUCUGGGUUGUCCUGGCACGUGGUGUCAUGCUUGUGGGCGGGCCCCGCCAGGUGCUCACGCUGGCCCAGAACCACUCCCGGAUCAACCUCAUGGACUUUAACCCUGACCCGAGGAGCCGCUAUACAUUCUGGACUUUUGUGGUGGGUGGCACGUUGGUGUGGCUCUCCAUGUAUGGCGUGAACCAGGCGCAGGUGCAGCGCUACGUGGCUUGCCGCACAGAGAAGCAGGCCAAGCUGGCCCUGCUCAUCAACCAGGUUGGCCUGUUCCUGAUCGUGUCCAGCGCUGCCUGCUGUGGCAUCGUCAUGUUUGUGUUCUACACUGACUGCGACCCUCUCCUCCUGGGGCGCAUCUCUGCCCCAGACCAGUACAUGCCUCUGCUGGUGCUGGACAUCUUCGAAGAUCUGCCUGGAGUCCCCGGGCUUUUCCUGGCCUGUGCUUACAGUGGCACCCUCAGCACAGCGUCCACCAGCAUCAAUGCUAUGGCUGCAGUCACUGUAGAAGACCUCAUCAAACCUCGGCUGCGGAGCCUGGCACCCAGGAAACUCGUGAUUAUCUCCAAGGGGCUCUCACUCAUCUACGGAUCGGCCUGUCUCACCGUGGCAGCUCUGUCCUCACUGCUCGGAGGAGGUGUCCUUCAGGGCUCCUUCACCGUCAUGGGAGUCAUCAGCGGCCCCCUGCUGGGAGCCUUCAUCUUGGGAAUGUUCCUGCCAGCCUGCAACACCCCGGGCGUCCUCUCGGGACUGGGCGCGGGCUUGGCGCUGUCGCUGUGGGUGGCCUUGGGCGCCACGCUGUACCCACCCAGCGAGCAGACCAUGAGGGUCCUGCCGUCGUCGGCUGCCCGCUGCGUGGCUCUCUCAGUCAACGCCUCUGGCCUCCUGGACCCGGCUCUCCUCCCUGCUAACGACUCCAGCAGGGUCCCCAGCUCAGGAAUGGAUGCCAGCCGACCCGCCUUAGCUGACAGCUUCUAUGCCAUCUCCUAUCUCUAUUAUGGUGCCCUGGGCACGCUGACCACUGUGCUGUGCGGAGCCCUCAUCAGCUGCCUGACAGGCCCCACCAAGCGCAGCACCCUGGCCCCGGGAUUAUUGUGGUGGGACCUCGCACGGCAGACAGCAUCAGUGGCCCCCAAGGAAGAAGUGGCCAUCCUGGAUGACAACUUGGUCAAGGGUCCUGAAGAACUCCCUGCUGGAAACAAGAAGCCCCCUGGCUUCCUGCCCACCAAUGAGGAUCGUCUGUUUUUCUUGGGGCAGAAGGAGCUGGAGGGGGCUGGCUCUUGGACCCCCUGUGUUGGACAUGAUGGUGGUCGAGACCAGCGGGAGACAAACCUCUGAGGACAGGGCCAGCCGCGGGACUGACACCCUGGGAUGGAACCUCAGGAUGGGCCAAACCCAGACAACGGGCCCAUGGCUUUGGGCUCUGAUUGGCUGGAUUGCCUUGUAUGCAAAUAGGUUCAGGACUACAAUACCCUACCCUAUGGGGAGGCCCUGCCUCCGGGAGGUCAUUUUUUAAAUCCAGCCCCUUGCUUCAACUGUCCCCAGUAUUAGAUGCUGCAGCCCCGACGGCUCCCCCAAAAUAAGGCUGGGUUUUUCUCUCUCUCAUUUUUUUUUUUUUUUUUUGAGACAGAGUCAUGCUCUGUCGCCCAGGCUGGAGUGCAGUGGUGUGAUCUUGGCUCACUGCAACCUCUGCCUCCCAGGCUCAAGUGAUUCUCCUGCCUCAGCCUCUUGAGUAGCUGGGAUUAUAGGUGCCCACCACCAUGCCCAGCUAACUUUUUGUAUUUUUAGUAGAGACAGGGUUUCACCAUGUUGGUCAGGCUGGUCUCGAACUCCUGACCUCAAGUGAUCCACCUGCCUCGGCCUCCCAAAGUGCUGGGUUACAGGCGUAAGCCACCAUGCCCAGCCUACCGUUUUUCUCAAUCUACAAUAGAAAGCCACCACGCCCAGGUAAUUUUUGUAAUUUUGUAUUUUUGUAGAGACGGGGUUUUGCCAUGUUGGCCAGGCUGGUCUCAAACUCCUGAUCUCAGGUGAUCCUCCUGCCUUGGCCUCCCAAAGGGCUGGAAUUACAGGAGUGAGCCACCACGCCCCACCUCUUUCUUAUUUUCUUCCUGGGAUUGGGGAGGGGAUGAUUCAGACCCCACAUGGCCUCCAACCUUGGCCCACACACCUGCCAUGGCUCCCAUCAUCCUGAGCCUGCUAGCGUCCCCUCCUCACCUGACAAUGGAGGCUCUGGAAUUGGGUUGUGUCCCCCCAGAAUUUAUGUCCACCCAGAACCUCAGAACAUGAGCUUACUUGGAAAUAGGGUCUUUGCAGGUGUAACUGGUUAAAUUAAAAGAGGUAUUACUGGAAGAGGAUGGAUGAAUCCAGUGACUGGUUCCUCACAUGAAGUAGAGAAGAGAUGCAGAGAAACACAUGGGGAAGAUGCCACGUGGAGACAGAGGCAGUGGUUGGAUCAAUGCAUCUACGAGUCAGAGAACCCAAGGAUUGCCAGCAACAACCAGAAAUCAGGAGGGGGGCAUGAGAUGCAUUAUUUCUUAGAGCCUUUAGAGGGAACAUGGCCCUACUGACACCUUGAUGUCAGACUUCUGGCUGCCAGAACUGUCAGAGAAUAAAUUUCUGUUGUUUGAUGCCACCAGGCCUAUAGUGGUUUGUGACAGCAGCCACAGGAGCUCAGACACACUUUUUUUUUUUUUUUUUUUUAAGGCAGAGUCUCGCUCUGUCGCCCAGACUGGAGUGCAGUGGUGCGAUCUUGGCUCACUGAAACCCCUGCCUCCCAGAUUCUCCUUCAUCAGCCUCCGGAGGAGCUGGGAUUACAGGCAUGCGCCACCAUUCCCGGCUGACUUUUGUAUUUUUAGUAGAGACGGGGUUUCACCAUGUUGGUCAAGCUGAUCUCGAACUCCUGACCUCAACUGAUCUGCCUGCCUCAGCCUCCCAAAGUGCUGGGAUUACAGGCGUGAGCCACCGCACUCAGCCUGGACUACAGAAAUUUAACCAGCUUGAGCAUAUGAGCCUGUUUUACAGCCCCGUGCCCCAUAGCUUGUUUUUUUCCAAACCCCAUGUAGAAUGUGGUCACCUGGUUGGCUGGAACCAGUUUAUGACAGACCUCAGCAACUUAUAGACGAACUGGUGAACUCUAAUUUUUACCGUGCUAAAGUUUCCACCCUAAGCCAGGAGCAGUGGCUCACACCUGAAAUCCCAGCGCUUUGGGAGGCAGAGGAGGGAGGAUCACCUGAGGUCAGGAGUUCAAGACCAACAUGGCCAAUAUGGGGAAACCCCAUCUGUACUAAAGACACAAAAAUUAGCCGGGUGUGGUGGCGCAUGUCUAUAAUUCCAGCUACUCGGGAGGCUGAGGCAGGAGAAUCACUUGAACCCUGGAGGCAGAGGUUGCAGUGAGCCAAGAUCGUGCCACUGCACUCCAGCCUGGGCAAGAGAGUGAGACUCUAUCUCAAUCAAUCAAUCAAUCAAUCAAUCAAUAAAGUUUCCACGCUGGGAGGAACUACAGCUCAAUGCCUUCACAAUGCAACCUACAUGCUGGCAUGACGGCUCAUUGUAUCUGCGCCACUGCGACACUUUCUAUGCGUGCAAUAAUGUACCCUCUCCCCUCUCCAUUGCCCCAGAAAACCCUCCUGUCACUUUCCCUCUUGGGGACACUGCUUUGGAAAAAAAGCAAGGCCCACUCCUGAUUCUUUGCUUACUUGGGACAAGUAAUAA